AUAUGUUAAUUAAUCAUUAAUGAUCAAGAAAUACUAUGGCCUUUUCACAUCAUUAAUUAGUACCCGUGAGAAAGAGAAGGUCUGUGUGGACUCUUAUUAAUUGUUAGUAUGAAAAGGCUUUAUAAAGAUUGGGAGAUAAGUGGAAGAAGGGCUCUCCUGCUUUGGUGGAGAUUUGAUCUUUUUGUUUAUUAUUGAAAGGAUUUCUCUCACAAGUUCUUUCCAUCAGGAAGAAGCUUUCUUCUAUUUUUCUUUUUCUUGAUUCGAUGGAGAUUUCUUCCUUCGGUCCAUUAAGAGAAUUGGAAAUGGAGGAACCAAGCUUCAUUGACCAAUGGGACAUGAAUUCCAUUGAUGAUCUGAGCUUACUGCCACUAAUGGCUGCGUUUGGAGAGAACAUGCAACAUUCUUUAUCUCACCAAAACUUCAACCUCAAAGCUUCCAUGGAAACUUCACCUCUUUCAGGCAUUAAUCUUAGACCCACAAAGCAACAACUGAAACCAAAUGAGAAUUAUCUACAUUCUUCCUUUUCUCCUAACAUUCUUUCCUUUGCCAAUUCUGCCAACACAAAUCAUCCAAUGGGACUAGUAGUGAAGCCUAAAGAGGAGGCAGCUGUAUAUUCUAAAAGCAUUCACACCCUUCCUUCUGAACACAUGCUGAUUUCUCAAGGUAAUUCCCUUGAGAACCAUAAUUAUGUAUUCAACGCUUGCCAAGGAGCUAAGAGGAUUAGCACCAACAAUAAUAAUGGUAGAAUUUCUCAAAGCCAAGAUCAUAUUAUAGCAGAAAGGAAACGGCGAGAGAAGCUCAGUCAACGGUUCAUUGCUUUAUCUGCUAUUGUUCCUGGCCUUAAGAAGAUGGAUAAGGCUUCUGUUCUUGGAGAUGCUAUAAAGUACUUGAAACAAUUGCAAGAAAGAGUUAAGACACUAGAGGAGCAAACAAAGAAAAAAACUAUGGAAUCAGUGGUUAUUGUGAAGAAAUCUCGACUAGUCUUUGGUGAAGAAGACACUUCUUCCUCAGAUGAAAGCUUCUCUAAAGGCCCUUUCGAUGAGCCAUUACCAGAAAUCGAAGCAAGAAUCUGCGACAAACAUGUCCUUAUAAGAAUCCAUUGUGAGAAAAGGAAAGGAGUACUGGAGAAAACAAUUGCUGAAAUUGAGAAGCUUCACCUUUCAGUCACUAACAGCAGUGUUCUUACAUUUGGAAGUUCUGCUCUUGAUGUUACUAUUAUUGCUCAGAUGGAUAAUGAAUUCAGCAUGUCAGUCAAGGAUCUUGUCAAGGAUCUACAUUCAGCUUUCAAAUUGUUCAUGUGAAGCAGAACCAGUCACUAGGAACAGUACUUCUUAUAUAUAUAUUUAUAUAUGCAAAAGGGUUAGUAUAUCUAUAAAAAAAAAGGCCUUGAAUGCUCCACCAUGGAUCAUUACUAGUAAGCUUGUUUGCUGUGGGAUUAAUUUUGCAGGGUGGUUUUUUUUUUCUUUUUCUAAUCAGUUAAUUUUUGCAUGGUUAACUAAUUAAUUAGUGACCAUGUUCACUAUAUAACCUCCUGUUUUAAAAGGGUGAUUUCACAGCUUGUUUGGGCUUUUUUUCUAGUGGGAGGUUGAUGAUUCAACUGAACAUGUUAUUUCCCUUUCCUAUACCUAAGGUUGUUGAACAGGGAAAAUUGGUUUUUUCUUUUGGUGUGAGAAACAAACAGGCCUUUAUUGCAGUAUGUUGCUUGGUGAGUGUUUUAGAGGCAUACAUAUGUUGUUGAGCCCUCUUUUGUUUUGUACUUCUUGUCUUUUUCUUUUUCUCUUUUUAAUGUAAUGAUCUUCAGCAGUUUGGUUCACAUUAAUGGAAUAACUAUAUGACUUGCUAAAAUCUUCCAAUA